AUGGAAACUUCAGCUCUUGUGGAACCUCCAGGACCAACUACUUCGGAUGUGACACCUGGUGUCUCUAGCGAUCAUGUGGAAGGUAAAAUUUUGCUGUUUUUCUUUUAUUUUUAGGCGCAUCUUUUUGUCUAAUUGCUUUAUAUUUCUCUCAGCUAGAAGUCAACACUUCUUAGACCUCGGAUAUUGCUUUUAUUUAUUAAUUUUAUCUUAUUUUAGGAUCAACAAGACAACCAGAUACCGAAGUGUCUCCCCAACCUUCAGAGCCCUCAAAGCCCGCGCCAAAACCAUCGAAUAACCGACAGAACAUGGCCAAACAGAUGCGACAACAGUCUGGACUUGCAUUCCUGCUGAAUCAAAUGCGUUCCGACGAGAAUUCAAGCUCUGAUGUGAAGUCUGACGGAAAAAAUGGCAAUGUAACUAAAGUAAGCGGUAUUUAUUUUUAUUUUUUUACGAUUUUAGGCGGAGAAACGCUCUGCUGAAGCUGUCGGUCAAGAAGAGAGCAAGAAAUCUCGGAUAGAACCGGCAUCAGUGUCUUAUCCAUGGCUAGAUGAGCAGAUUUCAUCUAAAACACCAAGUUUGGAUGCUUCUGGAAGACUCAAGUUUACUGUCUCAGACUGCUUUUGUUCUGGGACAACUCCAAAGUUUGAAUUCGCACAGAAUUGCCCCGAAAAUAAUUAUGUCCGAUCUGUGAAAUAUUCCCCAUGCGGGAAGUAUUUGAUCUCGGAUUCAGAGGACCGACGGGUCCGGAUUUUCGACGUGAACGAAGAUGAUAGUGUAAGUUGCAAUUUUCUUUUUUUUUAUUUCUGUUUUUAGCUAACACUGAGGCACGAGAAAUUAUGUGGCGGACUUAUUUAUCAUACUCAAUGGGCCAGAUCGGGGGAGUAUUUUGGAACGACAAGUACACAUUCACCGAUCCAUAUAUGGGUUCCGAGGACCGCGGAGAAGCUGGCAACCUUUAGAGGGAUGAAUCAUUUGGUGGGUUUGAGUCUUAUUAUUAUUGUCUUUGGUUUUUUAGGACGUGCUGGAACAUGCUUUGGCCUUUGAUUUCACCCUGGAUCAGACGAAAUGUUAUGGUUCGUAUCAUGGGAUCGUUCGGAGGUUCGAUUUCAAUCGUCCUGGACGACAAGUCAGCCAGAUAAAGACUUAUAGUAAGUACUUUUUUUGUUGGAAAUUUCAAUUUUUAGAAAAAAGAGAAGGAGGCCAAAGUUCGAUGCUCCCAAGUCUAACAUUUUCCCCAAUUUUUGACGGGGUCUUUGCUGUUGGAAGCAUCCAGAAUUCGGUCGGAAUUUAUUCGGAUCAGACGAAUUCUUGCGACACUUUUAUUCAGACCGAAGCUGCUGCAAUUGGAAUGCUAAAAUACUCAAAGGAUGGUUAUAGAUUGUUCGUUGGAGGCAAUGCGGUAUGUAAAAAUGUGGGAAAUUUUGCGCUGGGGCAUUUGAUGGUGUUUGAGACUAGAAUUGGCAAUAAAAAUUACAGAUUUGGGGCUCUUUUUGGGAUUUUUGCCUAGUAUAAUAUAAUUUUUAUUCAAAAAUUUUGUAGAAAUAAGUCUCACAAGCUGUAUUAUGGCCUGCAGGUUCUGAAAUAAUCUUGUAAUGGUUUAAUUUUUGUUUUAAAAUACGAAUAUUUAGCCUAUAAUUUUAUCUAGUGCAAUAUAAAUAUUGUUGAAAAGUGAAGAAAACUUGAUUUCGCUGCCUUGUAAAUUUUCUCUAGUUCUUAAAAUAGCUUGCUGUCGAUUGAUUUUUUAUUUUGAAAUACGGGUUGAAUAAAUUUUUUUCCAUUUUUUGCCUACUACAAUAUAAUUUUUUCAGUCUGAUGCCAUUGAAUGCUAUGACACCCGGUUUCCCACCCAAAUCUGGGCCAAAUAUGCCCGACCGGCCGUAACGAACCAACGAAUCCACCUCGACUUGGACUCGGAUGAAAAAUAUUUGUUCAGUGGCUCAACGAACGGCACAAUUUGCAUUUUUGAUCUCAAAAAAUCUCAAAUUUCCCUGGAUGGCUCCGCGUCCGAACCAGUCUUUGUAAUGGAGAAUGCGAGUGAGUCCACAGUGGCUGGGUUGAGUUUACAUCCGUAUAAGGGAGUGAUGGCCACAUCCCAUGGCCAGCGAGUUUUCCCCCCGCCGAGGCUUGAUGGGGAAUUCAUUUUUGAGUCGCAAAACGGAGAAGAGGACUAUAUUAUGCUGAAGAAACCUCUAGACAACUCGAUCAAGGUCUGGAGCUUAGCAUAG